AUGCCGGUGACCGCAAAUUCCGAAACAGUCGUUUUCAUGGACUGGUUAAAACUUGAAAUGGCAGAAAGCGCGAACCUCAUGAGCACUUCCGGUGACAAUCCCAAUGCGAGGCUCAGUUCUCCUUCAAAGCGUUCCGAUGCGCUUGGCGAUACAUUGUCGAGCACAAUUCAAUCUCCUGCAUUUAACACCAGUGGGGCUCUGCAGCAACUUAGCGAGCUUUUAAGCAUGCAUGCAAGGGGAGGGUCAAUAAAUGACUUUAAAGGAAAUACGCCUACGAUUCCUAUAAAUGACUUACGAGGCGAUGAGGCGACUCGUUAUACGCGCGAGGAAAGGUUGAUUCGUUGCCAACUGGCAGCACUUUGUCAUCUCAUCGAUUUAAAUGGAUGGACUAAUUCAAUUUACAACCAAAUAUCGGCUAAGUGUGCAGAAGACGAGUUUUUGGUCAACCCAUUUGGACUUCUCUACCACGAAGUACAGGCGUCGACCUUGGUGAAAGUGAAUAGUCAAGGUAAUGUUUUGGAUCCUGGGAGCACAGUGCUGGGCGUUAACAAGGCUGGAUGGAACAUGCAUUCGGCCAUUCACAGCACCCGCAGUGACAUCAACUGCGUCGCUCAUCUUCGUCUUCCCGAUGUGGUCGCGGUUUCUUGUAUCAAAUCGGGUCUCCUCCCGGUCAGUCCGGAGGCUCUGGAACUGUUACCCAAUGUGCGAUACCACGACUACGCGGGCAUAGUUACAGACUCCUCUGAGGCCGAUGCUAUACGUGCAGAUUUGGGCAAUGCUAAGGUCCUCUUCCUACGUAAUAAGGGUGUCACAGUGGCUGCAUCAACCAUACCUGAGGCCUGGUACCUCCUGAAACGAGUCAUCAGUGCCUGUCAAACCCAGAUGCGCCUUCUUCAACUGGGAUGCGCUUCCAAUGUGCUAAAUGAAUUCGUCCUUACCUCCGCGAAGGGUGAUGCUCAGGAUACAGUUGAACAAUCAGGCGACUACCACGAGGCUGUCGCUCAAAAUGCCGUCCCCUUUGCUUCUGAGGCCCAAGUAUCUGCGACCACUGAGACUAAUGGAGUCAACGGAGUUGGAGCAAAAUCAACGAGCAGUGGGGUUACUGACCUCUCUGGCUGGGGUGUGGGAGAGAUGGAAUUUGAGGCGCAGAUGCGAAUGCUUGACAGUGCCGGCUAUCGAACAGGCUACGUCUAUCGUAAUCCCAAUCUUCUGCGUCGUCCACCCUCGGAGGUGCAUUGGGGAGUUGGUACAACUCCACACCAAGCCGACAAUGCUACUUCGGCCACUGGAUUCGUCUCCGACACCACAAUGGCCGAUGCUAGUGACAUGGAUGAUGUGGCGGCAGCCAACGAGGCUGGAGCUAGACAGAUAUCUGAGUCCGUCAGCUGCUUUGCCUGCUUUUGUUGUCUGUUUUUGCCGUUUGUCACACGCUAUUGCCAUACAGACAAUUUGCUCGCCUCUCAAAUUCCCGAUCACUAUCAGUCGACACCGAUUAAUGGCCAACGUGUGGGGGAAAGUAUGGAGGAACUCUCGACCGCCGCGGCCGUUCCUCCUCUCAAUCUCUCCCCCUCUUCACCCUCCACUCUGGAAAAGACCAAACCGACCCGAAAGUCGGGGCGACGCAGCAAGACGUUUGCAUCUUUUUCAUCGCGCAAUCGGUCAAAGGAGCGUCACACGAAGCCUGAGUUAGUGGUGGAUGAGCCCCGAACGCCACCCACCCCAAGGUCGGAUUUGGCAAGUAAAAGCGCCAGUCUUCCCACACACGCAAGGAAUCUAGUCACCUACUCGGCUCGCAGCUGCAAUACCCUCGAACCUAUCGAUGGCGCGGCUUCUGACGAUGAGGAGGUAAACCUAAAUCCAAAGUGGGAAAGAAGAAGAGCAAGUGGGGUAGUUUUCGCUUUCCCACCUUCAAAAAGAAAUCCAAGCAAGCUUCAGUUGCAGUUUAACGGAAUUUACUCUUUACGUGCUACCCUCGCUUUCAUCAUUACUAAUCUGAGAAUCAUCCCCCUUCCCCUCGUUCCUCUACCCCUUGUCAUUUGCUGGCUAUCGGAUUCAAAUUCUCCCACAAUGCAGGAAGACUUACAUCUCCUCUCAAUGGACACAUACGUGUGUGUGUGA